AUGGAUCGUCGCUCAUCCGUCGCGACUGCAAAGAAUAAGAAGCCAAAAAAAGUCUUGCCUGACUGGCUGAAUCACUUCAAUGCGCGAGACCUUAAGACUCUAUUCAAAUGCUCGAUCGCGGUUUGGAUAGCGGCUGUGCUGAUGUUUAUCAACCCCGUUCUAAAGAGCUACGGCCAGGCUGUAUUCUUUGGCCCAAUUCUCUUACUCAUCAUUCCGCCUACCGGUGUUGUAUUCAUUUCUGUCUUGGGUGGCAUCUCCGCAGUCCUUGGAAUGGCAAUUGGGUGGGCAUGGGGUGUUAUCACUAUGAAAGCUGCACUCGCGACAAGAUCAUCAGCAGAAACUAAAGCGAGAAUUGCAGAGAUGGGUGCUCUAGCAGCUAGAAAUUCUCCCAACCCUACGUCAGCAUUGGCGGUAAAGAGCUACGCCAAACAGCUCAUCUACAGCGGCUUCAUGCUUGACACUCGAGUCGUGGUCACGUACUUUUGCAUGCUAGGCCUGUUUAUAUACUUUAUGGCUCGGAUAAAAGCAGCGGUCCCGAAACUGGCUUUAACCCAGCUCUUCGCGAUUAUUGUCGCAGACAUCUUCUUGGUUAUCGGGCCUCUGCUGCCAAGUUUUAUGGGCACUAUCCCUGCAACUAUAAUCAAACCUGCGGCCACAGCGAUAGGAAUCGGACUUGCUUGCAACAUUCUGUUCUUCCCCGAGUCGACGUCUCAUAUCUGUCUUCGACAAAUUGAAGACAUCAUCGCACCCUUAAAGGAUUUCCUGGAGGCUUACGGCGCGUUUUUAGAACACCGCGGAGAUGUUCAACUGGAUAAACAGCACAUUCCAAGGAUUAGACGGAGCAUACUCAAAGACUUCAAAGCCCUACAGGCAAACUUGGUAUUCCUUCCGCUCGACCUUUCUUUUGGAUACUGGAAUGCCGAAGACAUUGAGGCUCUGGGAGGUCCUCUGAAAGAAAUCAUUGCCGGUUUUCUAGGCAUGUUGAUCUUCGCUGACUCACAUUCGGAGUCUCGCGCGGAGCAGUUCUCUGUAACUCCCCAAGGAGCGGAUAAUCCGAUUGAGAAGGUGACCAGCCAUACGGGUUCCAGGAACCAAACAAUCAUGCAGCUGCUCGAUCCUCAUGAUAGGCAAGACAACAGAGAAGUAGAUGAGCCACUUCGUCACAGCCUGAAAGCUUUGCACGAAUCUUCGCAUCCGCUCCUUUCCACCUUGAUGGACACUGUCAGUGCUAUCCUUGAAGGAACGCAUAAUGCAAACAGCAGAAGAUGGUUCGGGCGCCUGACAGCUGACGCGCAAGCUGAAAUGCGCAACCGACACCAAGCUACUCUCAACCGGCUUCGCGAUCAACUCGAAAAGUUCUCAAACUCGAAUACGGAUCUUCUGCUCACUACUUAUGGAUACUUGUUCGACAAGGAAGGGACGCUCAAAGAUGAAACCGAUGCAACUGCGGGUCACGCUGAAGCAUUCUUGAAAUGUUUAACAUAUGAGGAACGACUGCACACUUUUGGCGCAUCCCUCGAAGCCAUGCUCGCAAAGGUCGUCAUCCUUGAAGAACAUAGGACAAAGAGUCAGUUUUGGCCGUCUACGAAAAUACGCAAAGCCACCUCCUGGAUAUUCGGUAGCGACCCAGUUUCUCCAAUCGCAGACCUCAGCGCUGCUCUCGAGGUAGACGAAGAGAAGAAGCUGAAUGAAAAGGAUAAUAAAAGCGAAGCAGAAACCCUUCUUGUUUCAUUACGAGAGUGCCACCGCGGCAAGGUACGAUCCAGUGGUGGAAAACUGGUCUUGGCCAUUACCAAGUGGCUCGGCAAUGAGAAUGGAGCAUAUGCCCUUCGGUUUCUUAUCGUGACGAUUGCAAUGGCACUUCCCGCAGUAAUACCCAGCAGCGCGGGAUUCUAUUACAGGGAGAAAGGGAUGUGGGGCCUCAUCAUGGCUCAGACUGCACUCACCAAAUAUUCGUCCGAAUACACGUAUGGUGUUGUUUCCAAGAUUUUGGGAACCUUGAUUGGCGGUGUCGUUGGCAUGGCUUGCUGGUAUAUCGGGGCAGGCUCCGGGUCUGGAAACCCAUACGGCCUUGCUGCAAUACUGGCUCCCGUGAUUGUAUGCUUGAUGUGGGCCCGACUUUGGGGAUCUCCCUUCAUCUUACCUGGUUCAAUGGUCAUGGCAUCAACAUUUCUCUUAGUAGUUGGGUACAGUUGGGACGACACGCAUAUACCUUCCUACGGUAAUCCAGGAAUCGGGUACUCUGUUUUCUGGCAUCGGACAGUUCUCGUCUUGAUUGGAUUUGCCGCCGCAGCUAUUGUCAACUUCCUUCCACGCCCUCCUUCAUCGGCGCGUUACAUCACCAAGUCUCUGUCACAUUCUCUCCGCACGAACAGAGACUUCUUCGCUCUAUUGCUCGCUGCGUGGUCUUCCGCUGACCGAGGCAAAAACAUCGAUGGUAUUACCCAAGCAACCAAGACUUCGGCCAUCGAUACCGCCGAAACAAUUGAAGCAUUAGUCGGUCCUAUCGCGUUGCUCAAGUUCGAAGUCUCUUCGAAUGUCUUUGAUUCAGAGACAUUGAUGCGCAUUGCCCAAACGCACGCCAGGCUCAACGUGUCCCUUGCACAUAUGGGCAUCUACACUUCUGACUUGCCCCCCACCCUCCGCAAGCGCUUCACUGAUAUAACCGGGGCCUUCAAUGAAAGAUGUGUUGGCGAAAUAAUGGGCAUGAUGUGCUUGAUCGAGCAAACGAUCAAAACUGGAGAUCCUCUCCCUAGUGGAGCUCUACCGCGAGUGUCGGCGAGGUUUGCCAGAAGAAUUGAGAAGAAAGAAACAGAGGCGCUGAGCACGGACAUGAUCCGCGAGAGCGGGUUCCGGCGAUACUGCAUUGCCAUAGAUGCCUUUUUGUCAUUGUUGGCUGCUAUCGACGACUUGGCCCAGGAUGUUAAGAGCGCAGUUGGGGAGACUUACGGCGUCAAUGCAUCUGCUAAUUUCGCCAACCUAGAGUAG